UUUUGAAUUUUGAUUCUGUUGAAGUAUAUUGUAAUGAAGAAAAAACUCGUACAUUUAUUGCCCUUGGAGUAGAUGCUAUAAGUCAUGCAUAUUUGAAUAAUAUACUCAAACAAAUAGAUAGCCUUUUGGAUGACUUCAAACUACCGACAUUUUAUGAGAAUCCAUCUUUUCACAUGAGCAUUCUUAGCGUGAUUGGUAAUAAGAAAGAGUUACUUUUAAAAAAUUUUAACAACUUAUAUGAUAUUUUUAUACAACACAAAUAUAUACUAAAAUCUGAAAAUAUCAAUAAGGUAAAUUGCAAAAGUGGGAAUAAAAUUUAUCAGUACUGUUUAAAAUAAUUUCCGCAAUGGACAGAAAUCCAAAUAAUAAAGUAUAUAUUAACCCAAAUUUUCAAAGGACUCCUCUUACAAAUGCAUGGUCAUUUCAACACUCAGACAAUACAAAUUUAUAUACACCUUGUUCACAACAAAUACAAAAAUAUGGUCCUGUAUAUAGAUUUGGCAUGGAACAAAAUUUCAGUCGAAAAAUAUAUGUUAAUCCAAAUUUCAAACAAAUAAAACAAGAACAGCAGCCAAUACCAGCAGCAAUAGAGAGAAAUGAAAAAAUUGAAAAUGUAAAUGCUUACCCAGUACUAGUAUCUAAAUCAAAAUAUUCUCUUGUUUCCAAUGCAAACAAGAAUAAAGGUAAUAAAAGUAACCAUUCAGAAGACAGACCUCAAAGUCAUAGUGUGGAUACAAUGCACAAAAUUAACAUUUUGCAAAAAGAUAAUUGCACCCAAAAAGUGUUGAAUAAUAAAUAUCCAAAUGAAAUUCCUGUUAUAAAAUCUCGUUAUACUAUUGUUAGAAAGAACAAAGUGCCGUCUGAAAAUCAGGAAGAACUUAAGCAAAAGAAAAUGAAACAGGAUUAUAAUCCCACUAUGUUGGUUACAAAUAAGACUUUAAGCCUAGAGAUUUCUUACUCGAAUUCUAAUAAUGUACUUGGAAAGCAGGAAAAUACAAUAAUUAAAAAUAAACCAAUUGAAAACAUAACAAAAAUUAAAAUAAGUAAGUAUAAAACAAUACCUGCUACUUACUUGAAAAAGAAUAUUCCAUUAAAUAAUGAAUUUAAUUCAACUGCAACAUCACAAUCAUACACAAAUGGCAAAUUUUCAUUUAAUAUAAACAAAUAUAAACUAGCUAGGCCCAGCUCAAAGUCUAUUAUGGAAGGUAACCCUUCAAAAACUAUUGUUAAAACUGGUAAGAAAAGUCACUGGUCAAAUCAAAGUAAAACUAAAUUAUUGAAAGCAAAUUUCAAAGUUAAUAACAUUCCAUGUCGAUUAUUUACAAAAUAUGGAAAGUGUCUAAGAAAGGACUAUGGAAACUGUGAAUAUGUUCACGAUAAAAAACAUGUUUCACUGUGUAGAAAAUUUUUGAAGGGAAUCUGUCAUGAUAGUGAAUGUGCCCUUUCACAUGAAUUAACUGCAAAUAAGAUGCCUACAUGUUACUUUUAUUUGAAUGGAAUUUGUACCAAAGACAACUGUCCUUAUUUGCAUAUUAAAUUGAAUGACAAGACUAAAAUUUGUCAUAAUUUUUUGAGAGGAUAUUGUGAAAAUGGCGAUAAAUGUCAGUUUAGGCACAUAAAAAUAAACCAGUGCAAGAAAUCUAAGGUAUUUAAUUUAAAUUCAUGUAACAGAUACAAAAAUGGACCAAGUAAAAGUACCAAACUCAAAACAACUAAGACUAAAUGUAAUAUUAAAAAGAAAGAUCUAACACAAUUGAAUAACAAAAAGGAUAUUAAGCCAUGCAAUGUAAAAGAUAUGGAUGUUGAUUGUAGAUAUUAUAAAGAAAAGGUUACUAAUGAAGGUAGUUGUAAAAACAUAAAACCCACUAGAUGCAAGAUAGGAACUUUGCCUGCGUUUAUACAGUUUUAGUCUUUAUUUUAAUGUUUUUUUUUUUUAAAUUGUAAAAUUGUCAAUACAUUGGAAAUCUUGUAAAUAAACUGAAUAAAAUUA